AUGCGAUAUGCAGUUUUGGUGACUGGCCCUGCCGGCGCAGGCAAAUCGACGUUCUCCUCAUCAUUUCUCACACAUCUACGACUGUCCAAGCGCUCGGCAAACCUUGUCAACUUUGACCCAGCAGCAUCGCCGACGAGCUUCGAAUACGAGCCGGUCAUUGACAUCAAGGAUCUCAUCAGCCUGGACGAUGUCAUGGGCGAGCUAGGGUAUGGCCCGAACGGGGGCCUUGUCUAUUGCUUUGAAUAUUUGAUGCAGAACAUGGAUUGGCUGGAGGAAGAAUUAGGUGGCUUCGAAGACGACUACCUCAUCAUCGACUGCCCUGGCCAGAUUGAACUAUACACACACCACCCAUUUCUGCCUGACCUCGUCCGCAACCUUCAACGUCUCGGCUUCCGCGUCUGCGCGACCUAUUUGAUAGAAUCCCAAUUCAUGGAGGACCGCUACAAGUUCUUCAGCGGCGUGCUGUCCGCCAUGUCCGCGAUGGUGAAUCUCGAGAUACCCUGGAUCAACAUCAUGUCCAAAAUGGACCUCGUGACGGCCAACACUGACGACCCGUCGUCCGGCGCCAGAAACGGCAUCCGUCGUAAAAAAGACAUCGCAAGGUACCUGGACCCCGAUCCGCUGCUCCUCGCGACUACGCGCGGACAAGAAGCGAGUGUCCCGAACCCGCGAUUCCACGCGCUCAACCAAGCUAUCGUGCACCUCAUCGAAGACCACCCGUUGGUGUCGUUUCUGCCUCUCGAUCUCUCGUCGCCGGAUUCGCUCGAGACCGUCAUCAGCCAUAUCGACUACACGAUGCAGUAUGGCGAAGAUGAGGAGCCGAAGGAGCCACACGAUCUUGACGAAGGUGAUUUCCAGGACCUGGAGUGA